AUGCGCUGGGCAGUCGGGUCAGUAUACGCACCUACGAUGGGCUCCUCUAGAUUGGACUUUUUUCCAUCACCACGCAUUCAUUCUCCCGCUUUCCAUCACCCUGGCCCAUUCUCCUACUUUCCAUCACCCUUCCCCAUUCUCCCGAUUUCCAUCACCCCGCCCCAUUCUCCCGCUUUCCAUCACCCCGCCCCAUUCUUCCGCUUUCCAUCACCCCGCCCCAUUCUCCCUCCUUCCAUCACCCUGCCCCAUUCUCCCUCCUUCCAUCACCCCGCCCCAUUCUCCCGCUUUCCAUCACCCCGCCCCAUUCUCCCGCUUUCCAUCACCCUGCCCCAUUCUCCCGCUUUCCUUCACCCCGGCCCAUUCUCCCGCUUUCCAUCACCCCGCCCCAUUCUCCCGCUUUCCAUCACCCCGCCUCAUUCUCUCGCUUUCCAUCACCCCGCCCCAUUCUCCCGCUUUCCAUCACCCCGCUCCAUUCUCCCUCUUUCCAUCACCCCGCCCCAUUCUCCCGCUUUCCAUCACCCCGCCCCAUUCUCCCGCUUUCCAUCACCCCGACCCAUUCUCCCUCCUUCUAUCACCCCGCCCCAUUCUCCCUCCUUCCAUCACCCCGCCCCAUUCUCCCGCCUUCCAUCACCCCGCCCCAUUCUCCCGCUUUCCAUCACCCCGCCCCAUUCUCCCGCUUUCCAUCACCCCGCCCCAUUCUCCCGCUUUCCAUCACCCCGCCCCAUUCUCCCGCUUUCCAUCACCUCGCCCCAUUCUCCCGCUUUCCAUCACCCCGCCCCAUUCUCCCUCCUUCCAUCACCCCGCCCCAUUCUCCCUCCUUCCAUCACCCCGCCCCAUUCUUCCACUUUCCAUCACUCCGCCCCAUUCUCCCUCCUUCCAUCACCCCGCCCCAUUCUCCCGCCUUCCAUCACCCCGCCCCAUUCUCCCGCUUUCCAUCACCCCGCCCUAUUCUCCCGCUUUCCGUCACCACGCCCCAUUCUCCCUCCUUCCAUCACCCCACCCCAUUCUCCCUCCUUCCAUCACCCCGCCCCAUUGUCCCGCUUUCCGUCACCCAGCCCCAUUCUCCCACUUUCCAUCACCCCGCCCCAUUCUCCCUCCUUCUCUUACCCCGCCCCAUUCUCCCUCCUUCCAUCACCCCGCCUCAUUCUCCCGCUUUCUAUCACCCCGCCCCAUUCUCCCGCUUUCCAUCACCCCGCCCCAUCCUCCCUCCUUCCAUCACCCCGCCCCAUUCUACCGCUUUCCAUCACCCCGCCCCAUUCUCCCGCUUUCCAUCACCCCGCCCCAUUCUCCCGCUUUCCAUCACCCCGCCCCAUUCUCCCGCUUUCCAUCACCCCGCCCCAUUCUCCCGCUUUCUAUCACCCGCCCCAUUCUCCCGUUUUCCAUCAUCCCGCCCCAUUCUCCCUCCUUCCAUCACCCCGCCCCAUUCUCCCUCCUUCCAUCACCCCGUCCCAUUCUCCCGCUUUCCAUCACCGCGCCUCAUUCUCCCGCUUUCCAUCACCCCGCCCCAUUCUCCCGCUUUCCAUCACCCCGCUCUAUUCUCCCGCUUUCCAUCACCCCGCCCCAUUCUCCCACUUUCCAUCACCCCGCCCCGUUCUCCCUCCUUCCAUCACCCCGCCCCAUUCUCCCACCUUCCAUCACCCCGCCCCAUUCUCCUGCUUUCCAUCACCCCGCCACAUUCUCCCGCUUUCCAUCACCCCGCCCCAUUCUUUCGCUUUCCAUCACCCCGCCCCAUUCUCCCGCUUUCCAUCACCCCACCCUAUUCUCUCGCUUUCCAUCACCCCGCCCCAUUCUCCCACUUUCCACCACACCGCCCCAUUCUCCCGCUUUAAAUCACCCCGCCCCAUUCUCCUGCCUUCCAUCACCCCGCCCCAUUCUCCCGCUUUCCAUCACCCCUCCCUAUUCUCCCGCUUUCCGUCACCACGCCCCAUUCUCCCUCCUUCCAUCACCCCGCCCCAUUCUCCCUCCUUCCAUCACCCAGCCCCAUUCUCCCACUUUCGAUCACCCCGCCCCAUUCUCCCUCCUUCUCUCACCCCGGCCCAUUCUCCCGCUUUCCAUCACCCAGCCCCAUUCUCCCACUUUCCAUCACCCCGCUCCAUUCUCCCACUUUCCAUCACCCCGCCCCAUUCUCCCUCCUUCUCUCACCCCGCCCCAUUCUCCCUCCUUCCAUCACCCCGCCCCAUUCUCCCUCCUUCCAUCACCCCGCCUCAUUCUCCCGCUUUCCAUCACCCCGCCCCAUUCUCCCGCUUUCCAUCACCCCGCCCCAUUCUCCCGCUUUCCAUCACCCCGCCCCAUUCUCCCGCUUUCCAUCACCCCGCCCCAUUCUCCCGCUUUCCAUCACCCCGCCCCAUUCUCCCUCCUUCCAUCACCCCGCCCCAUUCUCCCUCCUUCCAUCACCCCGCCCCAUUCUCCCGCGCUUGA